UCGUUAACCCUCACAUUCCUCCGAUCCGGCGCCAUGGGCGUCGCCGGUCUCUCCGGAACCCUCUCCUACCCCAUUGGCCUUCGCUUCCCCACUGCUUCUGGUACCGGCAUAGCAACUACCACUCUCAUCCCCACGCGCUUCCACGAUGCCGGCAAAACCGCCACCUGCGUCCCCUCGAGGGUUAUCGCCUGUGGCAAGCGUCCCGAGUACACUUCCUGCGUGCCCCGCGCAUUCGGGGGCAUCACCGGCACCCCCGUUCAGGUGUACCCGGGUUGCAACACCGCGGACAUGCGGCGCAGGAGCCUGAUCAUUCUGGGCCACAAGCAGCAGGUGUCUACUUAGCUAUUGGGCGAGGAGGGCGGCUGAGAGGCAUUGGAUGGUGGGCUGCUCGUGAGUUUUCUCGCCAGGGUUAAGGUGGGUGCACUCCAGGAGGUGGUGCCCUGUAGUACUGCCGUGGUUACCAGUAUGCCAACUACUACCUCAAAUGUACGAUUAUCACUUAUUGCCCAUUAGAGGAACGAUUAUUUUUCUGUUUUUCUGGGUGGGGGGGGUAUUCAUGUCGAUAGAUUCGCUAAAGCAUGACCCUCCUUUCGGCAGCGGGCGAUAUCCCCACGAUGAAGACUCUAGUUUCCUAGAAAUUCAGGCGGGUCGCGAGGUAGUUGGUCCUCUGUAAGGAUCAAAUACAGGCUUGCACCGCCCUGUAUGCAUUCGGUCCUACGUUCUACACUCGUAUCAUCGAGGCCGUAGCUAAUGGAGGUGUCAUGAAAGGAUUGCCGAGG